GCUGGCUAGGCUGGGCAGCUAUGGCAGCAGCACUAACUUGGAUUCCUCUCCUUGUAGGUCUUCUGGCAGGGUUGAGGGACACCAAUGCCCAGCAGACAACCUUACACCCACUCGUGGGUCGUGUUUUUGUGCAUCCCUUGGAACAUGCCACCUUCCUGCGCCUUCCAGAACACAUUGAGAUGCCACCUACUGUCCGACUCACCUACCAGGCCCACCUCCAGGGACAUCCAGACCUGCCCCGGUGGCUGCGCUACACACAGCGCAGUCCCUAUAACCCUGGCUUCCUCUAUGGUACUCCCACUCCAGAAGAUCGUGGACGCCAGGUCAUCGAGGUCACAGCCUACAACCGGGACAGCUUUGACACCACUAGACAGCGACUGCUGCUGCUGAUCGAGGACCCCGAAGGUCCCCGGUUGCCGUACCAAGCCGAGUUCCUGGUGCGCAGCCAUGAUGUGGAAGAGGUUCUGCCCUCCACACCUGCCAGCCGCUUCCUCACCGCCUUGGGGGGACUCUGGGAGCCAGGGGAGCUCCAGUUGCUCAACAUCACUUCGGCCUUGGACCGUGGAGGUCGUGUCCCUCUUCCCAUUGAGGGCCGGAAGGAAGGGGUAUACAUCAAAGUGGGCUCUACCACGCCCUUCUCCACCUGCCUGAAGAUGGUGGCAUCACCUGACAGCUAUGCUCGUUGUGCCCAGGGACAGCCUCCAUUAUUGUCCUGCUAUGACACCUUGGCACCCCACUUCCGUGUUGACUGGUGCAAUGUAUCUCUGGUGGACAAGUCAGUGCCGGAGCCCCUGGAUGAAGUGCCUACUCCAGGUGAGGGGAUCCUGGAACACGACCCGCUCUUCUGUCCACCCACUGAGGCCACAGGCCGAGACUUCCUGGCAGAUGCCUUGGUCACCCUCUUGGUGCCCUUGCUGGUGGCUCUACUGCUCACCCUGCUGCUGGCUUACGUCAUGUGCUGUCGGCGUGAAGGACGGCUGAAGAGGGACAUGGCCACCUCUGACAUCCAGAUGGUUCACCAUUGCACCAUCCACGGGAAUACAGAGGAGCUUCGGCAGAUGGCAGCCAGCCGUGAGGUGCCCCGGCCUCUUUCCACCUUGCCUAUGUUCAAUGUACGCACGGGAGAGCGGUUCCCUCCUCGAGUGGACAGCGCACAAGUGCCCCUCAUCCUGGACCAGCACUGAGAGCCCUCUUAGUUCCAGUUCCAGCUGCACCACUCAGAGCUGCUGACCUGUGACCGUAUCCACCCGAUUCCAGCUCCUCGCCUUCUUGGACCUCCCGCUCCAGACAAGCAGAGGGAUAGGGUAGAGAAGGGUGAGGGUGCUUGGGGUCAGCCCCCAAGAAUAAAUACCCGCGGCUCUGUUCAUCUAUUGCUUCUGGUGCCACGCUCUCAGUAGUUGUCACUGCGCUGUGUCCCCUUCUUCUGAGAAUCCCCAGAGGCUUCCAACCUGCCCUUUGGACCCUUUCAGUUUUGCUAUUCUUAAAUUCAGUGGAUCUCAUCAUGUGAUUGGACUGGAAAGCCCCACUUUCUAGAUCAGGAUGCUAAAGUCUGUGGAGAGUAAGUGACUUGCCCAGUGUUACAGAGCAAGCCCUGUCUGCCCAUAUACUGCCUUCUCUGGAGUUGAGGAGUUUGAGAAAUAAGAGAUCUAGGUCUUUACCUAGAGAUCUAGUUGACACCUGCCACUGUUCCUGGCAGGACCUUUGGUGUGAACACUGUCUUUGGGGACACCUGCCACAGUUCCUGGCAGGACCUUUGGUAUCCACACUGUGUUUGGGAACACC